AUGAAGACUGUCUUGGUUCUAGCAAGCUUGGUGGCCCUGGCUUUGGCCGGGAACAUUGUGAUUCCCCCUAAGCAUGUCGACUGCGAAGUGAAGACUGUUGAUCAAGACUUCAUUACGAAGCAAAAACAGAUUUUCAAACUGUUCUACUAUAUUGGCCAUGUCGACACUGAAGCCGAAUACUACAAAACCGGAAAAGACUACGACAUCGAGGAGCACGUCAGCGACUACACAAACAAACAAGCCGUUGAGGAGUUCUUGAACUUAUGGAAGGUUGGGUUCCUACCCAAAAACAUCCCAUUCUCAGUCUUCAACGACAGAUCAAGGCAAGAGGCUGUAGCUCUAUUCCAUGUCUUGUACUACGCUAAGGACUUUGAUGUCUUCUACAAGACCGCUUCCUUCGCCCGUGUCUACAUGAACGAGGGUCAAUUCCUCUACUCAUGCUACAUCGCUGUUCUCCACCGUCCCGACCUCAAGGGCAUCGUUGUCCCUGCGCCGUACGAAACCAACCCUGAACUUUUCACCAACGAAGAUGUCUGGUACAGAGUACACCGCAUCAAGAUGCAAAAUGGAAUUGACACCAACGACUUCGGACCUGAAUACGGUGUAUCCCACGAGGAGAACCGCUACGUUGUCUACGCUAACUACUCUGACAACUACGUAUACGCUGAUGGCGAAGACAAGAUCUCUUACUUCACUGAAGAUAUUGGCCUUAACGCUUACUACUACUACUUCCACGUUUUCUUCCCCUUCUGGAUGGAAAGCGAAGUCCAGCCCUUAUUGAAGGAACACCGCGGAGAAGUGUACUACAACUUCUACCAACAACUCUUGGCUCGUUACUACUUGGAGCGUCUGUCCAGCGGUCUUGGAGAAAUCCCUGACUACUCAUGGAACCACCAGAUUGAGGCUGGUUACAAACCAUUCAUGAAGUACUACUACAACUUCGCUCAAAGGCCCAGCUACUACCAGAUCCCCUAUGAAAAGCAUAUCAAUGAAUUGCAAGUCCUUAACACUUUCGAACAGACCUUCAUCCAGUUCCUGCAACAAGGCCACUUCAAGGCUUUCAACCAGGAUGUUGACCUACGCAACUCAAAAUCUGUUAACUUCGUCGGAAACUUCUGGCAAGGCAACGCCGAUUUAUUCACCAAAGUUGGACCAUGGAACCACCCCUACUCCUACGAGGUUAUUGCCCGUCAUGUACUUAGUGGCGUCACUUCGAAUUCUGGCAAAUACGAUUUCGUUCCUAGCUCUCUUGGUUUCUACCAGACAUCUCUUCGUGACCCAGCCUUCUACCAGCUUUACAGCAGAAUCAUGAAAUACUUCGUUGAGUUCAAGAAAUCAUUGACCCCAUACACCCAAGACGCUCUCCACUACGUUGGAGUUAAGAUUAACGACGUUAAGGUUAACAAAUUGGUGACUUACUUCGACUUCUAUGACUUUGAGGUUAGCAACGGUGUGUACUUCAGCAAGGAAGAGAUGAAGAGCAGCAGAUGGCCAUACUACGUCGUCCGCCAACCCCGUCUUAACCACAAGCCAUUCACCGUAAGCGUUGAUGUGAAAUCUGAUGUCGAAGGAGAAGCUGUAUUCAAGAUCUUCCUCGGACCCAAAUACGACGGUAAAGGUUACCCCAUUGACUUGGAAGAGAACUGGCAAAACUUCGUCGAAUUGGACUGGUUCGUGCAGAAACUCACCAAGGGACAGAACAAGAUUGAACGUCAAUCCACUGACUUCUUCUACACCAAGGAUGACUCUACCCCAAUCAGAGAAAUUGUUGAGAAGUACCUUGCUGACGGUAAGGUACCCAGCGAUAUGUCAGUUAAGCCUGGUGCAUACCCCCACAGGCUCUUGUUGCCUAAGGGUACAAGCGGUGGAUUCCCCUACUGGAUUUACGUUGUCGCUUACCCAUACCAACCAGCCAACAAGCAAGUUGAAACCAUCAGGGUAUACGCUAAUGACAACAAGCCUUUGGGCUACCCUCUUGACCGUCCUGUCAACUCUGUUUACUUCAAGCAACCCAACAUGUUCUUCGAGGAAGUGAGAGUAUACCAUGAAGGAGAGAUCUACCCUUACGAAUACAAUGUUCCCUACUACACCUACCACCACAACGAGGUGAGCCAACACUAA